AUGCAUUUAAAGCAAACAAAAAUCUGCAUAACAACGAGAUCUAUCUAUCUAUCUAUCUAUCUAUCUAUCUAUCUAUCUAUCUAUCUAUCUAUCUAUCUAAUUUGCAUCAUUGACACGUUUGUUUUUCCCCUCUCCAAUUUAUUCAUUAUUAAUUUAAUUUUUUUUUGGUUCUCUUCAUUUUUUUCAUUCCACUCGUUCUUUCUUCUUUUUAUUUUUUUUCUAUUCCUCUCUUUUCUUUUCAUUGUCAUUUCCAUUCCACACUUUCUUCUUUCAUUUUUCUUUUUAUCUCUCUCGUCCUUUCUUCUUUUCAUCUUUUUCUUCCAUUCCUCCCGUUCUUUUUUUUUUCCAUUUUUCUUUCUAUUCUUCUUUUCAUCUUCAUUUCUAUUUCUCACGUUCUUUCUUCUUUUCAUCUUUUUUUCUAUUCGUCUCACUUUUUAUCAUCAUUUCUUUCUUUUCAUUCCCUUGUUCUUUCUUCUCAUUCUUUUCGUUCAUUUUGCUUUUCAUUUUUCUUCCAUUCCUCGUGAUCUUUCUUUAUUUCAUCUUUCUUUUCAUUCCUUUAACCCUUUCUUCUUAUCAUCUUUUUCCCCCAUUCCUCUCAUUCUUUCUUCUUUUCGUCUUACUUUUCAUUCCCCUUCCUGUUUCUUCUGUUCAUCUUUCUUUCUUUCUUUCUUUCUUUCUUUCUUUCUUUCUUUCUUUCUAAUCAUCAAUACCUUAAAAAAACUUUUUGUUUCUUUUUCUUCUUUUUCCCCCUCCAAAUCUAAUUCCAGUCCAAUUAGAGAAAUGGUAAUCCCAGAAAAUUAUCUCCAGACAACAACAACGCUGAAAUGUACCUAUUUACUCUUCCUUCUCUCUCUCUUUUUUGUUUUUUUUUCCUUCUGUCGUUCCUCUCUCCUGAAUUCCUAUCUCUUUCACCUUUCUUUUCUUUUUCUGUUGUUACUUCUUCCUCUAUUUAUUUCCUCAUUUUACCUUUUACGCAGACAACUGCGUAUUCUCCCUCUUUCUCUAUUCCUUUUCCACCAAAGUAUAAUUAUACAAUUCUUUUAUUUGUUGUGCACCAUGUUUCUCUUUAUUCGUCCUUCUUACUAUUACACGCUUUUCUGUCUUUCUUUUUUUUUUGUAUAUUAUUAUCUUGUUGUGUCUUCUUUUAUCCGUUCUGGUUCUUUUUCAUUCUUUCUAUUUUAUUUUUUCUCACAUACGUCUACUGAGUCUUUCUUUAUUUCUGCCAGUGUGUUCGGUCGAGGUUGUAUUUUUAUUUUUAUUUUCCCUUUUACACUUCUUUUAUACCGUUUUUGUGACUAUUCAAUUUCUUUCUUUCUUUCUUUCUUUCUUUCUUUCUUUCUUUCUUUCUUCCACUAA